CCAUAAAUGAAGAAUUAAGAAGAAUUAAGGAGGGGAGACGGGCACAGCUCGAGGCUUGUGAGGAAUGCAGUCUGAUCUGACUUAGCGAGCAUCUGAUUUCGAUUUCCCUGUCGAUCGGAAUGCGCUGGGCAAUUGAGGCGGUGCACAGAACCGAGGUCGGUCCGUUGGGAUUUGUUGCAUCGAAGGUUGAGUGUCAUGGAGCGUGGUCAAGCUUCUGCCAUAGCCAGUCCCGGAGAAGUCACGGACCUCCUUUGUGAGUUUUUGGAAGUCGCCGUCACCCUCCUGCUCAGUAUCCGGAAAUUAUAUCCUGCAGAAAUAUUUGAAAGGCGUCGCCACUUGAAUGUGCCCGUGCAAUGGAUUCGGCACGCAGAGUUGCGCGAUCACAUACAUUCUGCUCUCACAAGCCUGCACUCCUGGAUUCAGCAAGGCAUUGUAGAGAAAGUGGCGGUGGUGUUCUUUGACAGCAAUCAAACACCCGUCGAGAGAUUCGUCUUCAAACUGAAUGUGAACCAAAACUUCGCGGCAUCGUUGCCAGUCAACGACAUCGAGUACUCACUGCGAACCUUCUUGAUCAAGCUCUCCGUGUCGGAACCACUCUUGCGACCUCUCCCACAAGUUUCGGAGGACGACCGCGUACUUCUAUAAUCUCCAACAAUGCUGUGAUCACAGCUGGAUGUCAGUUCUGCCGUGUAAGCUGUGACUGUGUUUGAUGGUUGUGGGUCUUGCAGAUUGCACGUUCGAGAUCAUCGCAUACUCGAAGCUACUUCCAGGAGAUGCCAGCGACAAGGGGCGCUUGUGGAUAUCAGCUGAUUCUAAGCAGUGGCAGGAGCCAGCCGAGAUCACGCCCAUCAAAUCCAUGACAAGCGAUGCUUUGGACGUCGAGCUGUACGUCGAACAUCCUUCCGCAGUCGACCAGACGCCGGAUCAGCAACUGAGACUAGAAAAUUGAGAAUUCUAAGCUUGCGUGUGUCAGAAGUAAGCGACGUUUAGAUUUCGAUUGAGUACCAGGAUCGAGGACGAGUGACAGUGUAGUACACAGGAUUGUUUUAGAAGUAGGAACUUUGUCCAAAUGGUGAGUUUUAUUCUUUAAACCAUAGAGAGGGGUGUUAUUCCCGGGCAUUUGUGGAGUAUUAAUUCUAUUUGAGCAGUUGGAGAAUGUUCGUAAUCGCGCUUUUCAUGCAGCGCUUUGAUGCAAAAGGUUCUGAGUAUUAUGAUGUCAGGUCCAUAGGCAGCGCCGCUUCGAUUUUAGUGAUCGGUCCGCUCGCGUUCUCUCCGACCUACGAAUGUUCGGAUUUUAACAUUCAUCGGCUGAGACAGUCUAUUGGAUUGGUGUAUUGACCACUGGGGUGGUAUUACAAAGUGCAAUAGACAAGUGGAUGUCUACGUUAGUUACAAAAUCAAGAGUCUAGCGGACAAGGUCGACGGUAGCUGCAGUGGCUGCGC